CUUCCGGGGCCAGGCCCGCCCCGCCCCGCCGGGUCCCGCCGCCGCGGCUGCCCAUGGAGGCCGAGGCCGAGGCGCGGCUCCUCCUGCAGGAGGCUCGGGAGAGCAUCGAGGCGGCGCGGAGCUACCGGCGGGAGCUGGAGCAGCGGCUGCGCGGGCUGCAGCAGGCGCGGCAGCAGAUCAGAGAAAGUGCAACAUUGACCAGGGAUGUACUUGAGCAACAUUUUAAUGAUUUGAAAGGGACCCUGAAGAAGCUGUUGGAUGAACGACUGCUGUCACUGCUGCAGGAAGUGGAUGCAAUAGAACAAGAGAGCAUCAAACCCCUGGAUGAAUGCCAGAAGCUCAUAGAGCACGGAGUCAGCACGGCUGACGAUCUGCUCCGGGAAGGAGAGAGUGCUGUCCAUGGAGAUGUGGGACAACAGAAUGAGAAACUUUGCAGCUUUACAAAAAAAGCUUUACAUAUUCAGCUAGAUAGCUUACCAGAAGUGCCCUCCUUGGUUGAUGUGCCUUGUUUAUCUGCCCAGCUGGAUGACUGCCUUCUUACUAUAUUGAAAAAUCAAAUAUUCAGACAUGGAACUGUGGCAUCUCGCCCACCUGUACAGCUGGAGGAAUUCGUUGAGAAGCCUGGUGGGAUUUUGGUCCGAUGGUGUAAGGUGGAUGAUGACUUCGUAGCACAAGAUUACAGGCUGCAGUAUCGUAAGAGUAACGCCAGUCACUUUGAAGAUGUGUAUGUUGGCUCAGAGACAGAGUUCAUCGUGCUGCACAUUGAUCCUAACAUGGAUUACCAGUUCAGAGUCUGUGCCCGAGGAGAUGGACGGCAGGAGUGGAGCCCAUGGAGUGUUCCUCAGAUGGGCCGCACCACGCUGGUUCCCCACGAGUGGACAGCUGGUUUGGAGGGUUACAGCCUGAGCAGCCGAAGAAACAUAGCGCUUCGGAACGACUCUCAGUCAUGCGGUGUGCUCUACUCCAAAGCUCCUACUUAUUUUUGUGGGCAAACAUUGACAUUCAGAAUUGAAACUGUGGGACAGCCAGACAGACGAGACAGCCUGGGAGUGUGUGUGGAGCAGCGGAACGGCUACGAUUCCUUGCAGCGGGAUAAAGCUGUUUGUGUCAGCACCAACGGGGCAGUAUUUGUAAAUGGAAAAGAGAUGACAAACCAACUGCCUGCUGUUACUUCUGGAUCGACUGUGACGUUUGACAUGGAGGUUGUGCAGUUAGGGCCUUCCAGCAACGAGGGGGGAAACUUCAAGAUCAGAGUAACCAUUAGCUCUAACAACAGAGAAGUGGUCUUUGACUGGGUACUUGAUCAAUGCUGUGUCUCUUUGUAUUUUGGAUGUUCAUUUUUAUACCCAGGCUGGAAAGUUUUGGUGUUUUAGCAGUAAGUGAAGGGAUUUUUGUUCUUGCUGUAAAGCAUAAUGUUAAAAGCUGGGUUUCCAGUUGUUUGAUACCAACAAUCUGUUAACAAAAACCUUUUUUAUACUACUUGAACUCCACUGUAUUGUAGUUCCUACUGGAUUCAUUUCAAAAAAUAAUGGUGAAACAUUGGAUUUGUUACUCUGGAAAAAGUUAGAAACAGGCAUCUGUGUAGGCAAAUUAAUUUAAGCAGUCCAUAGACCUUUCUCUUUUUUCCUCCAGACUUGAUUUUUGUCAGUAUUUCCUUGUACUCGUCUCAGGGUACGUGUGUUGUGUAGAAUUAACUUUGCUUAAUGCUGCUGUUCUGGGAAACAAGCCUGUAAACAUUUAGGGGGGUGGCAGGGUAGUAAUGGACCAAAGUUUUAUUUAUACCACUCAUAAAAGAGCAAAGUAUUUAGAGCAGUGCUGACCUGCUAUGCUUCCUUGUGCACAAUGCUGCCUUACUAGAUAGAGGGAAUGGAGAGUGGGGUCUGCACCAACAUCUGUUCCUUCCCUCCAUGGUACUGUUCAUUUCUCCAGGGCAAGGAUGUCUGAGCCAUAAUGUCUGUUUAAUGAUGUAGCCUGUUUGUUAAUGUCUCACCCAAGUGCCUUAUAUUUCUUGAACUGUUUUCUGUGUUGUCACUUGGAAUAUAUUUUCUAGAGUAGUUGCAUGGUGAUGCUUAGAUCAGCUUAGUGCAGGUGCUUGCCUCAAGCUAGACCAAUACCUAGAGUAGGACAGUUGUCCUCAUCUGCUCCAAAUGUCUUCCCUAGUUCUCAUGUACCAAGUAGUCUACGUUAGAGCAAGCCUUGGUGAUUCUGUACUCUGGCACAACAUGCAUGUGGCAGCCAGGAUUCCUCACAGAGCCCUUCUAAGAUCUGGAGACAACCAUCUUUGUUUUCCAGAGACAAGGAAAAUGCUGUUCUGAUGUGCAGGAUUCCUGGAAAUCCCAGGUAUCUCCCUGGGAACACUCUGUAUUUGCAUGCAGUACUGCAGGUUUAUGGUCCAAGUGCUGGGGAUGGACUGGGCCACCCAAGAGAACUGGGAUAGCUGCUGGAGAUCCACCUUGGGAGAUAAUGAAGAGGGGCUUUGAGUGUGGGCUUAAGGCAGACCCCAGAUUAACCUGUGGCAGUCAAAAUGGAGCAGCUGGGGGGAUAACUUAGCUCUCCUCUAUGUAGUAGGAUGGGACAAGACAUUAUGAUUGAUUAAUUUACUUGAAAUUCAGAAGUUACAUAGAAUUACCACUAUUUCCCCUAAGGAGCAACUAAGAUUUGGAAUGAGCUCAUCAAAGAGAGCCUAUUUCUGGCCAAAAUAUUGCAAUACUACUGGAUUUAAGGAAAAUUUUAAAGUAGUGCUCACUGAGGGCCUUAAAAAGGACAUUUUUACCUCAAGGUCAACUAAAUAUAUUUUAGCAUGUUAGAAUAGCAGUAUUUUUAUAAAAUCUAGACAAUCAUUCUGCCCUUUUUUCCUUCAGUGUCAACAUAGUACAUUAAUCCUCCAUUCCAGCAUAAAAAACUUAAAUGUACAUUCCCCAUGCUUACAUGGUCAGUAUAAAAAGAUUAGUCACCUGCCUACAUUUCCCCCCCCAAGCAUCUGCAAUUGGGGUACAUGAAGUUCAGAAGAGAAUUGGUGGUUGAUAUUCAUAAUAUUUGCAAGAAAAAAAAAAUUAGUAGAUUCAGAUGAAUGCAGAGAACUUGCACAUGGUAGUUAGGUUGGAACUUACUGUAAGACAUAAGUGAGGAAGACUGGAUACCUGCAGGUAAAAUAAUCCAGUGUUAGCAAAAAAAAAACCUGCAGGAUUCUAUUUUUCUAGCUUAACUAUCUCAUUGUUAGGGAGUAAGAGAAUACUAUCUUAUCUUGUACUUCCAGUGUUCCUUUAAAUUAUCCUGUGAAGAGUAUUUUCCAUGCUUUUAUAGCCAAGAAGAUUCAGAUGAUCAAACAGUCCUGAUUAGAGGGGUCAGGCUGGCACUACAGUGAGCAGCUGUCUUAAGUCUUGUUCCACUUAUUAGUGCUGGCAAUUUUACUUGCACACUUCAGGUGUCAGGUACUAGUUGUAACUUAGUACUUUUACUGCUUUGGAGGGGCCCAACCCAACUAGUGAUCCUGCAGGAUUUGUACUUGCAUAUUAGAAAAUUAAGAGGAAGCUUUGAAUUCAGGUACUUGCAGAGAUGGUGAUGCCUCCUCAGUCUGUUCAGAACAUACACACAAAGCAGCUGGAGGUGAGUGUGAAGGGCCACAGGAGGCCCCUGGGGCUCCCCUUUGACAGCCAGGGAUGGUAAUAGAAAUCUUUAGCUGUGUGUUGAACAAGGGCAGCUUGCUAAUGUUGGGUUGGGGUUUUUUGUGGUUUUUUAAAUUAUUUUUAAACAACAGAAGCCUAACUGUCCAAAUCACAACUUAGGUACCGUUCAGCCACCUCUUAGACCUGCACCUUUUCAACCUGGGAGGGGUGAAGUCUCAGGGCAAACGACCUGAGUAAUGAAGUAAUAAAGUAUGCAGAGAAUCAGGGGAGGCUUGAAUUAAAAAAAGGUUGAAAUUCUGUUCUUCCACAGCAGAGUUCAGCUAGAUAGAAAACUUGACAUUUGCUUUACAAUUUUUCACCUCUAGGUAUUGGAGCCUUGUGAGCAACAGUGUUAACUGCUUCUGAAAUCCAAUCCUGAAAGUUGUUCUUAAGCUAGUACAUUCACUUACCUCAAUUAAGACUUAUGUGUCAAGUGAAAUUGAAUUUUUUUUAAAUAAAAGUUUUAUCCCUCAA